AUGGCGCUGGCAUAUCCCUUGCAGCUUGGCCUCGCCUAUUUGCUGAUGGCUGGGUACUUGAUGAGGACCUUGUUCGUUAGCAUGAACCUGCCGGGUGCAGUCGGCGUGCUAUUCGCUGGCUGGAUGUUCACGUUCUUUAUGCAGCCUGGCAUCUUGGAUGGCCGAGAUGAUUUUCAAGAAUGUGCUUUUUUUCUGGUCCUGCUCACGGCUGGCUUUGAGAUCAGCAUGGACAACCUCACCUUACCCAAUGUUGCGAUUGGUCUCCUGCCUAGCUCUUGUGAACUUGCGGGCCUUGCGCUGUACGCGUGGAAGUUCUUUGGGUAUGGGCCCAUCCAGAGUCUAGUGCUGGGGACAGUGCUGGCUGGCCUGGCCGAUGGCAUUGUCAUCCCCAAGAUGAUGGAGUUCGAAGAGAGGGCCGACAAGGAGGGAGGCUUGCGCAGGCCAAUGCACCGGCUGACGCGGCUGGUGCUCAUUGCGGCCCCUAUGGAG